AUUUUCUCUUCCAUGGCAGAAGUAUAAUUAAACGUACAGCAGGCUUCCAAUGGAGUCGCACGAUAUGCAUAAUAAUUCGCCACUUAUCAAUCAGUCGAUUGUACGACAUUACGAAAAACAAAAAAGGUCAAAUGCAUCCCUUUCGAUUGCCCCGGACAACGCGCUAAUUGACUGGACUCGGAUUUUACAUUGCAAUGAAGAUGACUGGCAUGAUCUUAUUCAACAGAUACCCUCAAAAACUAGAAUUCAUGGAGUAAACUCUACGGUGAGAGUAAUGUCAAGCGACCUUCUCUGUCACGACAACUUUCCCCCUUAAAUUCCAAUUCAUCAUUCCGAAUUCAGUCUCACAACAAAAGCCCUAGCUUGCAGGUCGCAGAGCUCAAAUCAAUUAAACCCUACAAAUAUGGACUGUAGUGAGCGAAACAGCAAUGAAAUUAAAGCCAAGGAGAAGCCAAAGCGCAGAGGGGUUUGGAAGGUUUUGGCCCGAGCAGGAAAUGCAUGCUCAAAGAAUUUGGUACUCUUACCUGUAAAAUUGCUCUGCCGGGCUCGAAAAGCGUAUGUAGAAACCCUAUUGAAUUGCAAAACUGGGCAGGACAAGGCUGUGGAAGUUCCAAUUUCCUUCAAAGCUCACAGGUCCGGAAGUAGACGGGAGGAAGAGAAUCUGCGCCGGCUCAUAAGAAUGACAGAGAUUAAGCUGCAAUUGCAGAUGAAGCUUGAAGACAGUGGAUCCAUGGCGACAGAAAGCGGACCAGAAAACAGUGUGAUUGUAGCGAGGCCCACCUUUUUUGGAGCUCUGAGGAGCAGUAGCGUAGGCGCCAAGCAUAUGACCAUCGGCAUAGCCCCCAUUGAUGAAGACAGCCCCUGCUAUUUUCCUGGUUCGUUCAAGAAGAGAUGGGCUACUCCCCUGCCUCGCAGUGGCAGCUGUGGAACCACCCAUCCUGCCCAACCUCCUUCAACUCUCUAAGAGGACUCUCACCCUCUAGAUUAAGGGUAUAGGACUCACCCAUUUUAAGAGUCCUUAGGAUUUAGGGUAAGAGUCCUCUAGAUUUGGGGUCAAAGAUUCUUACCCCACAAAGAGUUUUCUAGGUUCGAGGUUCUUAUUUCGUGAAGAGUCUUCUAGAUUUAGGGUGCGAGUCUUCUAGAUUUGGGAUCGUCUUGUAUCUUCGGAUCUAAGGUUUUGUACCUUUUUAGAUUUAAGGCUUCGUCACAAGAAUUUGCAUUAGGUUUUCUUUGUCUAUGUAAAAGAGUCGUCAUGUUGGUUAUAAUUUAUUAGUUUUUUUU